GCUGUCCCAUGCAAAAGAUCAGCCCUGGUCUGCAAUACAAAACCAGGCGGACUGCACUCACCAGUUUACAAAAGACUAGCUGAGAGGAGUGCACGAGUCCAUCACACACCCCGAACACCCAGGCUGCGGGCGCUGUCUCUGCUGGCAAAGGGACGUCAAGUAACGCAGACCACUCGCUCUUUAUUAGUUCUGCGUAGAGGCUUUCAACACAUUCACUGCUUCCGAAAGCUCCCGUCUGCUGAAAUCAUUGUAGGGAAAACUUGUACUGUACUGUACUGUACUUCUGUUUUUUCAUAUCUCAGGAAUGGCUGAGCCUUACUACUUACUAGUGUUGGUAUUUGGUUUCAGUUAUCCUUGUUUUGGAUCCCGUGAUUUGCUGAAACCUGAUUUUGCCAAAAUAAGAAAUGCGGAUGGGACUGAAAGUGCGCCGAACACCCGAAAACCCUUCAGCGACCUGUCCUCUUACAACUCGGCAUCUGAACACAUGGCGAUGCUCUACACCAAGUACAACUCGGCAGACUUCACCUCCAGGGAUGGCAAUACGGUUCGCAGUUUUACAGCCCACUGGGGUACUAUGAAUAAUAAAGAACUUUUGAUAUUUAAUCUGACUUCUCUUACACAGUCUGAAGAAAUUCUUUCUGCCACAUUGCAUUAUUGCAUAGGAGACCAAAAUAGCAAUACCCAGGAGUGCAGGCCACCCAAAUUCUGUGCUUACCAAAGAGGCCGACACCAAAUCCCUGUUCGCUUGGACCUUUGGAGCUUUGAUUCUAACCGUAAUCGCUCCAGGAAUAUGGGAAACUUCUUUAUUAAUGUCACUUCUGGCAAUUGCAAAUCUGUACCAUGGCAAUGGAGGGACAUCACUUUCAUUAUAAAUGAAGCCAAACGAAAGAGUGAACUUUUGAUUGGCAUUGACAUUUCUUUACAAGGAUUAAAUCAGCGCAAAAAGGUGUUUUCUCAUCCCUUUCCCUACAUCCUGGUAUAUGCAAAUGACUCUGACAUUUCAGAGGCAGAGAAUGUUGUUUCUUCAAUCCAAAACAGUGAAGGACCUCUCCCACCUGGUCUUCACAGGCUGGAAGUCCACCAGCAGACUGACCCUUCUCAACGGAGGAUAAAACGUUCCACUAAUGUUCUUCUGCCUCUGCAGAAUAAUGAAUUGCCUGGUGCAGAAUAUCAGUACACUGAGGCUCAAGCCUGGAGAGAAAGGAACCCUUAUAAAACCCUGGAAGCCCGGCCAACAGAGAAGCAGAAAAACAAAAAAAAGCAACGAAAAAGUAAUCGGCACAAAGUACAGAUGCUUCAGUUUGAUGAGAAAACUUUGAAAAAGGCGCGGCGAAAGCAAUGGAAUGAGCCCAGGAAUUGUGCACGGAGAUACCUGAAGGUAGAUUUUGCUGACAUUGGCUGGAGUGAGUGGAUUAUUUCACCAAAAUCAUUUGAUGCAUACUACUGCUCUGGAUCCUGCCAAUUCCCCAUGCCAAAGUCCCUAAAGCCAUCAAACCAUGCCACCAUUCAGAGCAUCGUGAGAGCCGUGGGUGUUGUUUCUGGAAUACCUGAACCCUGCUGCGUGCCUGAAAGGAUGUCAUCUCUCAGCAUAUUGUUCUUUGACGAAAACAAAAAUGUUGUCCUCAAGGUCUAUCCCAACAUGACUGUGGAGUCCUGCGCUUGCAGAUAACACAUUGAAGAGAUGUAUUUACUUGGCCUAAUCUCAGUCUAGUUUGGAAGCUUCCCCUUCUUUGCACUGGAAGUGAUUUUCUUGAAAUGCAAGGUGAAGAGAUCCAGUUUUUGCAGGUUUAAGUGGUAUAAAGCACCUCUUUUUUCAAUUGUUAUCAUUCUUGGGUGCUUCUCAUGAAAGUUUUUGAGAGAGGAAAUAAUGAACAGCAGCUUGACUCUGAAUGAUAUCCUCUAAUUAUUUGAAAGGCCAAUCUUCUAAAAUGUGUUCUAUAAAACAGACUAAACAUACACCAGUGCUGAAUGCAAAGCAAUAUCCAUAUAUACACACAUCAAUAUAAAAUCAUCCUAAAGCUCCUGAAGGCCAGCUCUCUUUUGGAUCCAAACCAGACAUGUGAGGGUCUAAUGAACUGCAGCUGGUUGACUCUUUGUUUUUUUUUAUUUGUUAAUAAUGAAGGUGUUCUAUAUAUUGUACAGUGUAACCAUAAAAACAGUAUAAGAGUAUUGUGUAUUUUCCAUUAAGACCCUGAGGGCCUUAAUUUAUAGUUCCUAAUUACACUAUAAACUUUUUUUUUUUGGUGCCAGUGUUUCAUAUUUUAUAAGCGUUAAAAUAUAAUCUAUCAUUUACAUUUCAUUGAAAUCAGGAACAUCUUUUCUAAUGCAUAGAGUAUUUUAAACUAUUUAUGGCUGCUACACAGGUAAAAUAAGUACCAAAAUAGUUAAAAACAAGAGAUCAUAAUAUUGCUUGGUUCCAAAUAAGAUGCAAUACUGUGACAGGUAUGUGCGAUUUCUUGUAAUUUCAGUGUUCAUGACUUGUCUCUGCUUUGUAUGUAUGGUAAAGAUGGAGGUCCCACAGGCAGGUAGUAAGUUCAAGCGCUUGCAUUCUUGGCUGUAUGUUCACAAUGAAGCACACAUGCAGGCAUUCCAUGCCAGAAUAAUACUCCGUAAGAUCCCAUUUGGUACAUCAAAUGUACCAAAUCAUCCUUUCGUACUCAAUUUAACAUGAGCAGCAACAGACUUUACUUUCUGCUAAUCAUGAUAGCUGAGCACUACUUUUUUGCCUUUUCUAUCAGGCACUUUGCCAAAAACAAAGUUCAGUAAAGGAAGGAUGGCUGUUGAUGCUCGUGCUCAUCCUCAUAUACUGUUGUCCAAUAUUGAACUCUCAGAAAAAAAAAAUUCCAUUUAGCUACCUAGUGAUAUCUUGUCACAUCCAGGAUCCCAAACAAAACAUCAGACCUCCCUAACAGUAAAACCAACUACCGUAUAUACUAGCGUUUAGGUUCUCCCGCAGAUAAGUCGGGGCUUGAUUUUUACCGUAUAAUUUCUGGUA